GACAGAUAACCGCUGCCCAGCAGUUGACUCGGUUGUUUUCUCAUCUCUGUUUAUUUGUUGAUUUUCUUUUUGUUUUUCCUUUCCCUGGAAGAAGUUUUUCCGAUUCGGCGAGAUGCACAACAUGAAAAAGUUCUACUCGAUAAAGCCCGGAGAGAGCCUGGAAGAAAUAAAGAGGAAAAGAGGAAUUAGUCUGUGCGAAUUGUUGGAAGAACUGGAUGUGGCUGAUUCCGAUUCAUAUGAAAGUUUCGGCAGUAAUCGACAAAACAACCAGCAACUCACUUUUGACAACCUGUCCGAAGACGAUAGAAUAGCACAGAACAGGCUGAAAAAGUUAAGGGGCGCUUUGAAUAAAUUGGCGCCCGAUAAUUUUUACAUUCAGCUCAUGGAGAUUCAAGAUUACCUGCCGGUCCACAGUAGCCAUUUAAUGCAAAUUUUUGUACGGGAGCUCGUCCAGAAAGCGAUCGAUGAGGAACAAAAUUCCAUUCUUUACGCGCACGUCUGCACCGCCUUGAAAAGUGUCGAACUUCUUGAAGUCGAGGACGAAACAAUAUUCAACUUCGGUGCCGUUGUUUUAGACGAGUGCUUCAACAUGUUCUGCUUCGCUCGCAGCUCUUUGAAUUGGUUUUCAUACGAACAACCGUCUGAAAAUGAACUUUUGGAACUAAAGACUAAAGAGGCGAUGAAAAAGAGAAGGCUUGUCGGUGUUGCAAGAUUUUUAGGUGAUCUUUUUAAGGCCGGAAUGACUGGUGUUAGGGACGUAUUUCAGUAUAUAAAAAAAUUGGAACAAGACGUUACUGAUAAAUCCAUAGAAGGUCUUACUGUUCUUCUUACCGUUACUGGAAAAGAGUUGGAAAUCGCAGUACUGGAGACAGAGUUUCAAGCUGACUGGUGCGCAACUUGGGAUAGGAUUUUCCACCUUUCGCAGAAAGAGCAAGGCCUCCCACACCGUCUUAGAUUCAUGCUUAUGAAUCUGCUCGACCUGAGGGACGGCGGGUGGAUCCCGCGCAUCAUGAGUUCGAGAUCGUCUCCCCUCAGUUUUAUCGAGAUCAUCAAAGAAAACGACCAGGUGAAGGCGAAGAAACCAAGGCUGCUUUGGAACAACAAAAUCACAGUGAUAACAAAAGAGCCAAUUGUCGUUAAUACAGAAAGUGAAAUUCUUAAACUACUUAGUUUAAAUGAUAACGCAUAUAAAACAAUCUGUGAUUGGGAAAGGGCAAAUUUUGUCGGUAGAAAAACGUGGUUCGUCUAUUCAAUAACAAAAGCUGUACUGAGAUACUCGAUAGAAGGGAAUUCUCUGAAUAAAACAAUUUUCACGCAGCACGUCGACUUGUUGAAAAAAUAUAUCAACUCGAGACAAGCGGAGCUCGCCGCCAUGUAUGCCGUUCAAUCGGUCGUAGUGACAGAAAUGAAAAACCCCAAAGGUCUUUUGGAAGAAGUCUGCGAUAUCCUUCAUGUUACCAAUACCAUAUCAUACAUCGCAUUUCUCGAUUGGAGGGAAAACUGGUCAAACUGCCCCGUGCUCGAAGUCGCUGGUAGGGCCGAGGCGCAGAUAAGCCUGGCCACGUUUUUCAUCAAGCUAUUCUGGGAAAGCAUAAAGCCGUCGAGCCAGUACAAGUCCAUAGUGAAAGAGUUGAACAGUUUCGACCUCGAACAUUUCGUCUCGAUGUCGAAGCUUCCUCCUGAGAUAGAAAAACGCAUUAAAAUGGAAGAGGAGAGAGAGAAGAGCGAACUACAGAGGAAGGACAGAGUUGACAACGUCAGCCAGUCGUAUCUCACGAAGACAUAUUAGUUUCAUCCGGUCAUCGUCAAAUCAAAGAAAUUGUACAGGAUUUAAUUUAACGGGCUCUAGGUCAUACUUUUUAUUUUUAUGUUCUCCAUUGCUCUUUAAGUUUAUCUUUUAUUUUAUUUUUUCCAAUUAUUUCAGAAAAAUAUGAGCAAUUUUUUUGUGGUAAAUAUCAAUUGUUAAAUUUUGUUGCCAUGAUAAGAGUGUGUUAAUGAUUGAAUUUUUAAUUUCCGAUAUGCGAGCUGUGAUAUCGCCCCUUACAGGUAAGUAAAUCCUAAAGGGUCCACAAACGGGGUCAGUACAGUCUCUACCAUUAACGUUGUAAUUUUUUUUUUUUUUUUUUUUUUUUUAAUUGCA